AUCCCGGAGGCUCGGUGGCGCAGGGCAGGCAGUUGCCCGGGGAGACCAACGCACAACAGAGGCUCGCGCUCGCGAGAGCCAACCAGGGCCGCGGCCAAGGAGCUGGCUGUAAUCCCGCCUCCCGCCAGCCAUGGCCCACUUGCGCUCGCCUAGCGGCUUCGGAGACCCGGGGAAGAAGGACCAGAAAGAGUCAGAGGAGGAGGAAGAGGUGGAGGAGGAGGAAGAGGAAGAGGUGGAGGAGGAGGAGGAGGAGGAGGAGGUGGUGGAGGAGGAGUUGGUGGGGGAAGAGCAGGAGUUGGAGGCCCCUGAGACGUUCUGCGAAGAGUACCUCUGGAAGGUCACGGACAUCGGUGACUACGACGACGACUUCUCAGACGUGCGCCCCCGCUUAGCCAGCAUCGUCAGCCCUAGCCUGACCUCUACGUUCGUGCCCAGCCAGAGCGCGACCAGCACUGAAACGCCGAGCGCAAGCCCACCCUCCAGCACUUCCUCGCAUAAAAGUUUCCCUAAAAUAUUUCAGACAUUUAGGAAAGACAUGUCUGAAAUGAGUAUAGAUAGAAAUAUUCAUCACAAUUUGUCUCCAGGAAUUCCAAUAUCAGUACAAACAGAAGAAAGUUGGCUCCAAGAUUUGUCUGAUAAAGUGCAAUCGAGGAAGAAAGCCUCUAAAGAGAAAGCUGAACCUGAAUGUCUGGCAUCUAAGUUAAGAGAAAAAUGGGUAAUUAAUCCAGAAGAGUCAAAACUAAAUAUUUUAUAUGAGCUGGAGUUUAAGGAAGACUUCAUAACACUGUUUGAGCCUUCUCUAAGAACAUUACCCAGCAUCGGACCACCAUCCAUUCUGGCAUACAAAGAAGAGAGCUCCAAUUUAGGCAUUAACUUCAAGGAUGAAGAGGAGGAGACAUCACCCAAAUGUGAAUUUUGUGGCAGCGAUCUAAGAGCAUUUUUUUCUAAUGUGGAUGUUUCCUCUGAACCAAAAGGGCAUGCCUCCUGCUGUAUUGCUUUCCAAAAUCUGAUUGACUAUAUCUAUGAGGAGCAAAUAAAAACCAAACCCCCUAAAGCUGAAUUAAUUGCUAUUGACCCUCAUGCAGCCCAUGGGAGUGAGGUCGACAGACUCAAGGCAAAAGAAAAAGCCCUGCAAAGGAAACAGGAGCAACGAAUGGCCAGACAUUUUGCAAUAAUAUCAAGGGAACAGACUCAUUUCUCUGAAGAUGAUUCAAAGCGCUUAAAAACAAUUUCUUAUCAACUUUCUGUGGAUAUUCCAGAAAAACAGACAAUUGAUGACAUUGUGUUUGAUUUUCAACUAAGAAACAGUAACAUGUCUAUCAUUUGUUGUGAUUCUCGGAUAGCAUGUGGAAAGGUUGUCAGGAAUGAGCUCUUAGAGAAGCACUACAAACAUGGGAGCAAGUUUCUGACUUCAUUUCCAGAUGGGACAACACAAAUAUUCUAUCCAUCUGGAAACCUAGCCAUCAUUCGAGUGCCCAACAAGGUAAAUGGUUUUACUUGUAUAGUCCAAGAAGAUAUGCCCACUAACCCUGCUAUCCUAGCAGUGCUGGAUUCCUCUGGCAGAAGUUCCUGCUAUCAUCCCAAUGGAAAUGUCUGGGUAUACAUCAAUAUCUUGGGAGGUCAAUAUUCAGAUCAAGCUGGCAACAGAAUAAGGGCUUGGAAUUGGUCAAAUUCCAUCACUUCCUCACCCUUUGUUUCAUUUAAACCUGUCUUUCUGGCUUUGAACCGUUAUAUUGGAGUCCGCAUCUUAGAACAAGACAAGAUUUCUAUCACUUUUCUAGCAAUGGGCCAACAGGCAAGAAUCAGUGUUGGAACCAAAGUGAAGCUACCAAACCCUGAGGAGAUUCCAAUCCUCCGAUACGUAAGUGGAGAUGACCUUCUUCUGCUGGCCAGUUUAAUAAAGAUCCGUCGCCUGUUUCAUAAACUUGAAGGAUGUGUGAAUUUUCCCUCAAGCCAGGUUUGGGAAAAAUUAAAGCAACCUUCCUACCUUUCUUCACUUUCUCUAAAACUAAUUGCCCUUUGUCACAGUUCUGGUAUAAAGCAAGAUAUAAUGAAGACAAUAAGAAAUAUAAUAAAUGAAGAAAUUUAACUAAGAA